UUCUCUCCAGCUGUGAUGGUGCUGGGUGGCCUCCCCUUGCAGUUCUCUGCAUUGAAAACCUGUUGUUUAGUGCAGCCACCUUCAUUAGCUGCCUUAGCUUCAUCUCCUGGAGCACUUGCAGCAGCCUCUGGGUCAGCUCUUCCCGCCUUACCUUGCACAGAGGGUAAAAAGAAAAUGCAAGACCACCAUGCUGCAUCGGGAUCUCUGAAAGAACGUGAGGAAGACGGUUUCCAAAGGCAGGUGAAGAAAGUACGCGUCCUUGAUGAAAUCAGUGGACAGAGAUCUAUGGACACUGAAGGGAAGGUGGACAUGAACGGAUGUGAGCUGGUGGGAAAGCAGCAGUUGUUGGCAGCAAAGGAGGAGGCAAAAUUGGCUGAAGAGGAGACAAGAUGGUACAAGAUAAGACUUGAAGAAUGUCACGGGCAAAUGCGGGAAGCAGAGAUCAUUUGGAGACACCAGGUCACUCUUGCCGAGAAGAAGGCCCAAGACAGCUCGCUCAGGGCUCAGGAGCUGGAGAGGGAAAUCUCUGAAUUGAGAAGGGAAAACUCUGACCUGAGAAGGGAAAAAUCCUCUGAGCUGAGAAGGGAAGUUGCCCACCUGAAACAGAGAUUGGAUGCAAUCUGCAGAUGGAGGCGGGCAGAGGAAUACAUGAGGCAGGAGUCCACCCCAGGGGGACCGUACAGGCUGCACCCUCCCCUGAGAGGUAAGGAGCGCACUGUGAAGUGCGGCAGCUCCAUUUCUGCAGCAGGAGCUGCCCAGUGGGCUGCUUGUCCCCAUGGGUAGUUGUCGGGUUUCCUGGACACCACACCACACACUCACUGUGGGGAACAGGUUCACAGCUGGGUGACAAGAUGCUGUUUUCUUUACAUGCCACCAGCC